AUGGCUGCGCCACUCACUUCCUCGUGUCUCCCGACCUCCGUCCCCGCGGCCGUCCUUCCACGUGCAACCCACCGCGCUUCUCUCGUCGCCCCUCCCCCGUUGUCAUGCGUCGGUCGUACCACCCGUUCCUUUCGCGGCACCCGCCUACCCACUGCGCCCGCGUCUCCACCCGCUGCGUCC